AUGACGGAGACCACCAAUACACUGACCGUGGGCGUGCUGGCGCUGCAGGGCGCUUUUGAAGAGCAUAUCGCCAUGCUUGAAGGUCUCACUUCCACCACCUCGGCCGGUCAGCGCGUGAUCGUAUCGGCUGUGGCCAUCCGCUUGCCGGAACAGCUCCAGAACGUGGAUGCCCUCGUGUUGCCCGGUGGCGAGAGCACCACGAUCGGCAAGGUAGCCGUGCGCUGGGGACUCGUGGAACCGCUCAAGAAGUGGGUGGCGGACGGUCGUCCCAUCUGGGGCACUUGCGCCGGUAUGAUCAUGCUGAGCCAGCAGGCCAAGCACGCCGAGGAAGGCGGACAAACACUUAUUGGCGGCUUGGACGUUGAGGUCUCGCGCAAUUUCUUCGGCGCGCAAGUGCGCAGCUUUGAGAUGCUCGUGGCUGGACCUCCGGGUUUCGACACCGAGCCGUACAACGCAGUGUUCAUCCGCGCACCCGCCAUUAUCUCGGUUGGCGAGGAAAUUGAAGUGCUGUCGCGUGUGGCCAACGCCAAACCUGCCGAUGGCUCUGACCCUGUGGACGUCAUCAUCGCUGCGCGCAAGGAAAACAUCCUUGUCACAGCCUUCCACCCGGAGAUCACAACCGACGCACGCUGGCACCAGUACUUCAUCGAAACCAUUGUCCUGCCGCGGGUAUAA